AAACCCUCCCACUGUUUCGAAGUUGCAUCUCCCUCCGGCCACUAUUUCGAAAUUGCAUCCAAGCGCUCCAAGCAGUGGCGCAGCUCCAUACUCUCUGCUCACACUACACACUGAACCCGAGUUAGAGAGAGAAACAGCAAUGGCGAACGAUGCAGACAUGAGCGGUUGGACAGACCUUCUUCACUCCUCCACCAAACUUCUCGAACAAGCCGCUCCUUCAGCACAGUUCCCCCCUCUCCAGAGGAAUUUGGAUCAAUUGGAAGCCUUGUCGAAGAAACUCAAGGCUAAAACCCUAAGAAAUGAAGCUCCUUCUCAGUCUAUUGCUGCUACCAGGCUAUUGGCUCGUGAGGGGAUUAAUGCAGAGCAACUUGCCAGGGAUUUGAAGUCUUUUGAACUGAAGACCACAUACGAGGAUGUUUUCCCAGCUGAAGCAACUACCGUUGAAGAAUUCCUCCAACAGGUACAUGAGAUGGCAAUGGUCUCAGCCAUCCAGGAAGCUCAGAAAGAUAAUCUGAGAAAUUUUAAUGAUUAUAUGAUGAAGGUUUUGGAGGAUGAUUGGCAAAAGGAGAAAAGGGAUUUUCUUCAAGGCUUGAGCCGUAUUUCAACCUUACCACGUUCAAAUACUGGUGAAGCAAGUAAUGCAAUUACUCGUUCAGGUCAAAUUGUAUCAGUAGCUUCUACGCCUCUUGCCCUUAGUGGUUCCUCCAAUAUGGAGAUUGUCCCUCAUACUAAUAAGCCCAUUGAGGAAAAAAAGGCUUCAGUAUAUGCUGAGGCCGUGAGGAGCCUCAACAGCUCAAGGGAGCGGGCUUUAUCAUUCAAACCUGCUACAGCUUUUAAGGUUGCUUUUGAAAGUUUGGCUUAUGAGCCAUAUGGGGGAAAAUCAGUCGGCAUGCAGAAAAUAUGGCACCUUGUGCAGACAUUGGUGGGUGAGGAUAUUAACUUUCAGCAAAAUAUUUCUAGGAAAAUGUUAUUGGUGAAUGGUGCAAGGCGGCAUCUGGAGUGGGGACAUACGAAGCAUAUAAUUGAAACAAUACAAAAUCAUCCUGUACAGGCUGCACUUGGGGGAUCAGUUGGUAAUCUACAAAGAAUACAUGCCUUUCUUCGGAUCCGUUUACAAGAUCAUGGAGUUCUAGAUUUUGACGCAGCUGAUGCCAGGAGGCAACCUCCUUUGGAUACAACUUGGCAACAGAUAUAUUUCUGUUUGAGAAGUGGGUAUUACGAUGAAGCGAAGAGUGUAGCUCAGUCAUCUCGUGUUUCUCUUCAAUUUGCUCCUCAGCUUUCAGAAUGGAUAUCUACUGGAGGGGUGGUAUCUGCAAAUACUGCUGCCGCUGCUUCUGAAGAAUGUGAGAAAAUGUUCAGAAUGGGUGAUCGUGGGGCUCGAGCAGUGUAUGACAGAAAGAAACUGUUACUUUAUGCCAUGGUUUCUGGAUCUCGCAAGCAGAUUGACCGCCUGCUUAGAGAGUUACCAAAUCUUUUCAACACCAUAGAGGACUUUCUAUGGUUUCAGUUGUGUGCCAUACGUGAGAAUUCUCAUGGACCCUCAUCCUCUGCACUGAAUGAGGGAUCUGUGCCUUACACCUUAGAGGAUCUACAGACGUACCUUAAUAAGUUUGAACCAUCAUAUUACACCAAGAGUGGAAAGGACCCUCUCAUGUACCCAUAUGUUUUGCUUUUAAGCAUUCAGUUGUUACCAGCUGUCAUCUACUUGUCGAAGGAAAUGGGUGAAGGGUUUAACAUUGAUGCAGUUCACAUAGCAAUUACAUUUGCGGAUCACGGGGUUUUUUCAGAAGGUGCUGCUUCAGGACAAAAGAUAGGAUUGAUGGAUGCUUUUGCUGAAGUAUCUAGCAUGAUUAGACAGUAUGGCUCUGCAUACUUAAGAAUUGGGAAUCUAUCAAUGGCACUGGAAUAUUUUGCACAAGCAGCUGCUGCAGUUGGAGGUGGCCAGUUGUCGUGGGUAGGAAGAGGUAGUUUAGAUCAGCAAAGGCAGAGGAGCUUGAUGCUGAAGCAGCUUCUUACAGAGUUGUUGUUACGUGAUAAUGGAAUCCAUCUCUUACUCGGACCUAGGGGAGCCGGAGAAGAAGCUGAACUAAGACGGUUUUUUACUGAUGCUGGUUCGAGGCAACAAUUUCUGCUUGAAGCAGCUCGGCAGUGCCAAGAAACUGGUUUGUAUGACAAAUCUGUAGAAAUUCAGAAGAGAGUCGGUGCAUUUGGAAUGGCUUUAGAUACAAUUAAUAAGUGCCUAUCUGAGGCAAUCUGCUCAUUAUCACGUGGAAAACUGGAUGGUGAUAGUCGGACAGCUGCGCUCAUCCAUUCUGGCAAUGAGAUAUUAGAGAUGUGCAAAUAUUAUCCUGAGAUCAGUGUGAAAGAUAGAGAGCAUGUCAUAGAACAAGAAACUGUGUUAAGACAACUUGAGGCGACACUGUCAAUUCAAGAGCAUGCACGACAGGGCCACCAUUUGGAUGCAUUACGGGAGAUAGCUAAGCUUCCUUUUCUACCACUGGAUCCACGUGCAACAGGGUUAAGCAUGGAUUCAUUCCAGAAUUUAUCUCCUUAUGUCCAGGCUUGUGUCCCUGACCUUCUAAGAGUUGCCUUAAGUUGUUUAGACAAUGUGACAGAUACUGAUGGAUCUCUCCGUGCUUUGAGAACAAAGAUUGCAAAUUUCCUAGCGAACAAUCUACAUCGAAACUGGCCUCAUGAUUUGUUUGAGAAAGUUGCAAGAAGCCUUUGAAGUAAAACAUAAGGGAAAGGUUGGCAGCUUGGACAGUGUUGCCAUGCUUACUUUUCAGUCAGGUGCUGGUGGCAAGCGGUCACCAUUCAUCUUGCACAUUUUGUACAAAUAUGAAGCAAGAAUUUCAUUUUUCCUUGGGUUUUGUUCCUCCCUUCCCGAAUGCAAAUGUUUAUAUAGAGUUUUUCUUUGGGUUUGUGUGUAUGUUUGUGAUAGUUUUAGCUUACAUCUUUGUCCUUUCAUGAGUAACUUAUUAACUUUGCUUAUAGCAGUUAGAAAAUAUUAACGAUAACUAGAAUACUAUUUAGCAAUAGUUUUUCAGCUAUGCUCCCCGAGUGUAUAAAUUCGUUGUACGGAAAAUAUGAUUGUCCUUGAUAUUAAGUUUCUGUUUCUUUAA